UUAAAUUUUCCGCUUAGUAAUUGUAAUCUUGAUUCUAGACUAUAGCAGAUCCUAGAUACUAACAACACAGAAUUGUUCUGUGCUAAUAAUUUUUAUUUGAUUAUUUGAGGAAUACUGAAGAUUUAUAUCAUUAUUCUUUUUUCCUAGUUAAUAGAAUAACAUUUUUUGUCAAAUAUGGCUACUGAAAGAUACAGCUUUUCGUUAACUACAUUCAGUCCAUCUGGUAAACUUGUUCAGAUUGAAUAUGCAUUGGCGGCUGUGUCGGCUGGUGCAGCAUCAGUUGGUAUUAAAGCUUCUAAUGGAGUUGUAGUUGCCACAGAAAACAAGCGUAAAUCUCUUUUAUAUGAAACAACAGUAGAAAAAGUGCAAAAAAUUACACCUAGCAUUGGAAUGGUCUACAGUGGUAUGGGACCAGACUAUAGACUUCUUGUCAGAAAAGCAAGAAAAGAAGCAGCACAAUACCAAUUGAAAUUUGAAGAAGAAAUACCUACAGCUUUACUGGUACAAGAAGUGGCUAGUGUUAUGCAAGAAUAUACACAAUCUGGUGGUGUAAGACCUUUUGGUGUAUCAUUGUUGGUGUGUGGUUGGGAUGAAACUGGUCCUAAACUUUAUCAAUGUGAUCCAUCUGGCGCUUUUUUUGCAUGGAAGGCCACAGCACUGGGAAAAAAUUACGUUAAUAGCAAACAGUUCUUAGAAAAAAGGUAUAAAGAAGAUUUAGAAUUGGAAGAUGCUAUUCAUACAGCUAUUUUAGCAUUAAAAGAAGGGUUUGAAGGACAAAUGACUGCAGACAAUAUUGAGGUUGGCGUUUGUCGUAAAAAUAGACAGAAUGAAAUUAUUUUUGAAAAGCUUGAUCAACAACAAGUGGCUGAUUAUUUAGCUAAUAUACCGAACUAAGUUCAUGAUAUUUGUAAAUGAGUACUUACUAAAUAUUAAAUGUGUUUGGAGUUGAUAACUCCUCUUAAAUUAUAUGAGAGAGUAUUGUUAUCUCAUUAAAUUGUAUAAAUACGUUUAUUAAUGAAACAUUACUCAUUUUUCAAAGUAAAGGCAUGCGGUAUUUUUUAA